CCAUAUGACCCUAUAAUGCCCCCCUAUCCCUCCCCACAGCUGAGCGACGCUCUGCGCUCGCGGUCGCCGUUCUCCUAUGGGGCGGAGCUGAGCGACGCUCUGCGCUCGCGGUCGCCGUUCUCCUAUGGGGCGGAGCUGAGCGACGCUCUGCGCUCGCAGUCCCCAUUCUCCUAUGGGGCGGAGGUGCGCUCCCUGCAGCGGGCGCUGCUGCUCACCCCCUUCGUGGCAGCCGUGGGGGGCGGCUGCUUCCUCGGCACCGCCCUCAGCCUCAGCCGCGACCGACUGCGCCACGAGCCCCCCGUGAGCGCGGAGGACUCGGAUGGGGACAUUGCGGUGCCGCGGGGCGGACAAACCACCAAAGUCACCGUCUGAGCUGUGGGGACAGCGUGGGGACAUCGGGGACAUUGGGGACAUCGGGGUCCUGGGGGACAUUGGGGACAUUGGGGGCAUUGGGGUCCUGGGGGAC